AUGAUGAAAGCAGACGUCUCGCAACCAUUUUCUAUGGUCGAUGGAAGCCAUGCUUUUAAUAUCGAACAAGAUCAACACGAAAAACAAAGUUAUUUUAAAGAUCUAGGACAAAGUUUUUAUUUAAUCCAUCUAAAAUAUAAGUGGUUCGAUGAAAAACAUUGGAAAUUAGCGUUUUGUUCAUCAUCAUUCGAUUGCAUCAAUAAAUAUCCGAAUAUUUUUCUUCUAUACCGAACAGUCUUAUUUUCUAUAACGAUAUUCGAUUUUGUUUACGGAAUAGUUAGUACGGAUCCGGUACAUGAAUGGAUCAUUUAUUAUACACAUUUAACAGUAUUAAUAACAUUUCUUGCCAUUGUAUUUCAGUUUUUAAUAACUUAUCGAGCAAAUUUCUAUCGUGGCAACGAUAUUGUUCCACGUCAUUCUUUACAAUAUGUUCAUAUCAUGUUAAUUAUAAUAUCAUUAGGAUCUGGUCUUGCUGUUUGUCUUGCUUAUUGGUCAAUUAUUCAUAGUUCAACAGCUCGAGCAAUACCUCACUCAAGAAUAAUUCUUGAACAUGGAGUUUUAUGGUUUUUAUUACUUAUUGACGUGUUAUUUUUUACACGUUUACCGAUUUAUAUGAUUGAUUGUAUACCAAUAAUAAUAUUUGGAAUUAUUUAUGGAAUAUUUACUAUUAUAAUAUUUAUGCUUCAAUCCAGAUUUAGUAAUAAUCGAAUCGGUUAUAUUUAUCAAGCAUUGAAUUUAAAUAGUGCUCCACUGCGUGUAUCAAUUCAAAUGUUUUUAUUCAUAUUUAUUUUACCAAUUGCAAUAAUAUUUAUACUAUGGAAUUUAUUCCGUUUACGUCGCUCAAUUCACGUAAAAAUAACAGGUGAAGUAGAAGGAUCAGAGUUAAAUUCAAUUGCGUAG